AUGACGACGGCAAUGCCGCUCUGCCGCUCUGCUCUGCAGGUCGUCCUGGCAUUGGUGGUGGUGCUGGCCGCCGCCGCGCGCGGCUCGGCCUGCGCCCGCGGCGAGCUGCGGGACCAGGCGCCGCCGGGGUCGCGCCCGCACAGCGUCACCAUCACCGAGUUCGGCGCCGUCGGGGACGGCAGGACGCUCAACACGGUCCCGUUCCAGAACGCCGUCUUCUACGUCCGCUCCUUCGCCGACAAGGGCGGCGCGCAGCUGUACGUGCCCAGGGGCCGCUGGGUCACCGGCAGCUUCAACCUCACCAGCCACCUCACCCUCUACCUGGAGCAAGGUGCCGUCAUCGUCGGCGUAAAGGACUCAUCACAAUGGCCGAUCGUGGAACCUUUGCCAUCUUAUGGCCAAGGGACAGACCUUCCUGGUCCUGAACAUCGAAGCUUGAUAAGCGGAUACAACUUAACUGAUGUUGUCAUAACCGGGAACAAUGGAGUUAUUGAUGGUCAGGGCUUAGUAUGGUGGCAGUGGCUGCGCUCCCAUGAGCUGAACCAUAGUCGACCUCAUAUUUUGGAGUUUCUGUAUUCUGAAGAUAUUGUGAUCUCAAACUUGACAUUCUUAAAUUCACCAGCCUGGAGCAUACAUCCGGUGUACUGCAGGUCCACAAUGACGAUUGAGACCUCACUGGACGCUCCACUGACUGAUGGCAUAGUUCCAGAUUCAUGUUCAAACUUAUGUAUUGAAGACAGCACCAUAAGUGUCAGUCAUGAAGCAAUUUCACUGAAAAGCGGAUGGGACAAGUAUGGCAUUUCCUUUGGGAGGCCUACGUCUGACAUUCGUAUUAGCAGAGUGGAUCUGCUAUCAUCUUCUGGAGCUGCUCUUGCAUUUGGGAGUCAGAUGUCUGGUGGGAUUUCAGAUAUUCAUGUUAACCACCUCCGGAUCCAUGAUUCCUAUAAAGGUAUUUCUUUCAAGACAUCACCAGGUCGUGGGGGUUACAUAGAGGAAGUGGUCAUCUCGGAGGUACAAAUGGAAAAUGUACAUGUUGGCAUUGAGUUCACUGGUAACUGUUCAACCCACCCAGAUGACAGUUUCGACCUGUCGGACCUCCCGACGAUCGAUCAAGUCACCAUGAAGAACAUGGUCGGCACAAACAUCUCGGUUGCUGGAGUUUUGUCAGGAAUCGAUAGUGCCCCAUUCACAGCUAUCUGCCUUUCCAAUCUCAAUUUCUCUAUGGCUGCAGAUUCUGGUUCAAGUUCCUGGUCUUGUUCCAAUGUUUCUGGCUACUCUGAGGCGGUCUUUCCUGAACCUUGCACAGAGCUCCGCGAUCCAUCCUCCAGUUCUUCCAUGUGCUUCUCCCUUGCUAGCUACAGUGCCAUUGCAACAGCAUAA